GUGCGCAGGCGCUCGGCGCAGAAGUCUGCCGGAAGCCAAGAUGGCGGAUAGGUGUCCCCCGGGCCGCAGUUGGCGCGUUCUCCGUGUCUGAGCGGGUGUUUCGUCAGGGGCUGCGGCGAACACCUUCUCCGCCGCCAUGGCCCGGCAUCGGAAUGUCCGAGGCUAUAACUACGACGAAGAUUUUGAAGAUGAUGAUCUCUAUGGCCAGUCUGUAGAGGAUGACUAUUGUAUUUCACCAUCAACAGCUGCUCAGUUUAUAUACUCACGACGCGACAGCCCUUCAGUUGGUGAGCCGGUGGAAGAAUAUGAUUAUGAGGACCUGAAAGAGCCCUCCAGUGCACUGUUGAACCGUCAGCUAAGUGGAGUUGAUCAAGCUCGUCUUUAUUCAUGCCUUGAUCACAUGAGAGAGGUAUUUGGAGAUGAUGUGCCAGACGACGUAUUGAUUGAAGCAGUUCUGAAGAGCAAGUUUGACGUGCAGAAGGCUUUGUCAAUGGUUCUGGAGCAAGACAGCCUGCAGAAUUUGAAGGUGAAGAGUCAGGGAGCAGUAUCUGCAGGAAAGAUAGCUAAAGGAAAAUCAAUAGAUUCCCAGUCAUCUCGAAGUGAAUCUGAAAUUGUGCCAAAAGUUGCUAAAAUGACUGUGUCUGGAAAGAAGCAGACUAUGGGAUUUGAAGUGCCUGGAGUAACUGCUGAAGAAAAUGGUCAUAGUUUCCACACACCUCAGAAAGGGCUUCUUAGUGAAGAUGCCAGCAAUGCUGCUGCUUCUGAUGUUCCUGAGACCGUUUCUAGAUCAGCUCUUCCAUCCCACGCCAUUCAAGCAGCAGAAGAGCAGAGUUCAGUACCAGCACCAGUGAAAAAGCCCAGCAGGCUGAGGCAGCAAAUCGAUGUCAAGGCUGAACUGGAGAAGCGGCAAGGAGGGAAGCAGCUCCUCAACCUGGUGGUCAUUGGUCAUGUUGAUGCUGGGAAAAGUACUCUGAUGGGCCAUAUGCUUUAUCUUCUGGGUAAUGUAAACAAAAGAAUUAUGCAUAAGUAUGAACAGGAGUCUAAAAAGGCUGGCAAAGCUUCGUUUGCGUACGCAUGGGUCUUGGAUGAGACUGGAGAAGAGAGGGAAAGGGGAGUGACAAUGGAUGUUGGUAUGACAAAGUUUGAGACUACAACCAAAGUUAUUACAUUAAUGGAUGCUCCAGGCCAUAAGGAUUUCAUUCCAAAUAUGAUUACAGGAGCAGCCCAGGCAGACGUAGCCGUUCUUGUUGUAGAUGCCAGCAGGGGAGGGUUUGAAGCUGGAUUUGAGACGGGAGGACAAACACGAGAACACGGCCUCUUGGUUCGGUCUCUCGGGGUCACACAGCUUGCAGUGGCCGUCAACAAGAUGGAUCAGGUUAAUUGGCAACAAGAAAGAUUUCAAGAGAUUACUGGCAAACUUGGCCACUUUCUUAAGCAAGCAGGUUUUAAGGAAAGUGAUGUAGCUUUUAUUCCUACGAGUGGUCUCAGUGGUGAGAAUCUCAUCACAAGAUCUCAAUCAAGCGAACUCACAAAAUGGUAUAAAGGGCUCUGUUUAUUAGAACAAAUUGAUUCCUUCAAGCCUCCUCAGAGGUCUGUUGACAAGCCUUUUAGGUUAUGUGUGUCUGACGUUUUCAAAGAUCAAGGAUCUGGAUUUUGUGUAACUGGUAAAAUUGAAGCUGGUUACAUCCAGACUGGGGACCGACUGCUAGCAAUGCCUCCUAAUGAAACUUGUACUGCAAAAGGAAUCACUCUGCACGAUGAACCUGUCGACUGGGCGGCCGCGGGCGAUCAUGUCAGUCUUACGUUGGUUGGGAUGGAUAUCAUCAAAAUCAAUGUCGGCUGCAUCUUCUGUGGCCCCAGGGAGCCCAUUAAAGCCUGCACUCGUUUCAGGGCCCGAAUCCUCAUCUUUAAUAUUGAAAUUCCUGUCACAAAAGGAUUUCCUGUGCUGCUCCACUACCAGACCGUCAGCGAGCCUGCUGUUAUUAAGCGACUGAUUAGCAUCUUAAACAAAAGCACGGGCGAAGUCACAAAGAAGAAGCCUAAAUUGUUGACUAAAGGCCAGAACGCGCUGGUGGAGCUGCAGACACAAAGGCCCGUGGCUCUUGAGCUCUACAAAGACUUCAAGGAGCUGGGGAGGUUCAUGCUGCGCUACGGCGGCACCACCAUCGCUGCCGGCGUGGUUACCGAGAUAAAAGAAUGAUGGGUUUCCAAAUGCAAUGAAGUAGCCAACUUCUCUUUUUGAAGAAUCCAGAUAUUCAGUAAAAGGAGCAAUGUGCAAUUGAUAUUUUUUUAAGUGAGAGAGAAAAUUGAAGCUACAAUCAGCUGCAAAGAAGUAUUAGUAACCACUCCUGCAACAAUUUCAAGUUGCCAACUGGCAAAGAAAGGCUAAUAUUGCACUUUUAUUUUAAAAAAUGUUAAUAAAUGGAUUUACUUUGCUGAGAUUUAUGGAAACUGUCAAAAAUAUGUAUUGGAAGACAUUAAAUCAUCAUGAAAUGAACUCUACUUCCAGCCAAACCACAAAAUGUUUACAGUUUUCUCCUUGAUUUUCAACUAUACUGCACAAUUUUAAGGAAAAAUAACUACAUUGGGUUGCUGCCAUAGUUAAUGUUUGACCUGAGCAGUUUUUUUAGUUAACGCUAAGGGUUGCUGAAGGUUAUAAUAAAGGUAUUAUGUGUUAAGCAUAAGAAUGUUCUUUCUCCAGCAAGUAAACCUUUGAAAGCUUAGUCUAGAAUUAGUGGAAACUGUUUGUUUGGUAACCAGGAUAUUUAAGGCAUAAAGCCAGCUAAUAAAAUGCCUUAGUUUGAGCAUAA